AAGAAUGGAUGACAUUUUAGAUUUACAGAUCACCCGAAUGAUGUAAGUGAUUGUGUCAGUCAGACCCUCGUCUAAAACGAUCAUUUUCGAUUCAAAGAAUGGCACAUCACCGCAGUGAUUGAAAGCAGAAAAGAAAAAGAGGAAAACAGAACAUUUUUGUACGCAUGCAUGAUUACUGUGAUCCACACGCACAAACACAUUCAAACCGGUAAUUAUUGCGCACGGUGGAAUAAAACGCAACCGACAAACCAUGUCAAUGAAUACAGAAUAAAAUUACGCGCUAACGUAUCGGUGCGCACACACACACACCGCUUACAAACGACUUCAACCAGUUGAUGAUUCAUUUUUACUUUGUUGUUGCUGUUUUAUGGCAUCCAAUACCCCCAUCAGUUUUAGUCGCCUCAAUAUGCUGUAGGCAAUUUGCUAACGAACACCUUUUUUUGUAUAAUUUGUUGUGUGCUACUUGCUCGAAUUCUCUUGUCUGCUCAAACUCAUUUUAACACACUUCAAUUCUACGAAUGGUUAAAUUUCGAGAAAGAGCCGGUGAUGAUUCAAUGAGCCUAAUGGAGUAAACGGCGAUAAAAAUUCUUUCUGUUUUAUUUUUGGAUAAAAAAAAUUGCGCAAUCAAAAGAUACACAAACACCGGGAGGGUGAAUAAACCAGUUUCCAGUCGAGUGAAUCAAGCCCACGCCAAGCACUUAAAGAAACAACGAUCCGAAACACAUACCAGCAUGUCCGAUUUUUUCGAAUAUAAAUUCUACACACGUGACAAAUUGCAUUGCGAUCAAUUUUUGUAUAACAACAAAACGAUCGAAUACAAUGUAAACGAUCCAAAAGAUCGUAAUCACGCAUUGAAUGAACUGAAGCAAUUGAUUGGUGAGAGCAUUGACUUUGCUCUCAAAGAUAAAUCGUGUGCAGACGAUGAUGAAUUUUUGCUUCGAUUUUUAUUCGCACGAAAUUUCGUGAUAAGCGAUGCAUUUAAAUUGCUGGUCAAUUAUCACAGUUUCAAACAACGAAAUGUUAACAUUUUGAGCAAAAUAUCCGCCUUGGAUGAAGGUAUUCAGUUGGCAUUGCGAGAUGGUUUCCCCACAAUAAUACCGCAACGCGAUCGUAAAGGACGUAAAAUAUUGAUUUUAUUUGCCGCCAAUUGGAAUCCAAUCGCAUAUUCUCUUAUAACCGUAUUUCGUGCGCUGUUGCUGUCGAUGGAAAAACUCUUGGAAGACAUUCAAAAUCAAGCCAAUGGAUUUGUAUUGAUUGUAGAUUGGACCAAUUUUACAUACAAACAAACCGGCAAUUUACAGUUGAAAGUCAUCAAGAUCAUGAUUGAAGGAUUACAAGACUGUUUUCCAGCCAAAUUCAAAGAAGUGCAUUUUGUGGGUCAGCCUUGGUAUGUCGAAGCAACGUUAACAGUGAUUCGACCAUUUUUGCAAGAGGAAACGCGAGAGAAUUUAUUCAUGCAUGGAGCAAAUUUAUCAACAUUACAUGAUAGUAUUGCCAAAGAUGUACUUCCGACCGAGAUGGGUGGUGAGACAAAAUCCAUAAAUCCAUUGGACUGGGUUCAUAUUCUGCUCGAAUCAAGCCAAAAUCCAACCGAAUGUCAACGGUAUCGAUUCACUCAAUCGACCAAUUACACACAAACACCAAAAGCGUGCACAUCAAAAUAGUGACCGUUCAAACAUUUUCACAUUGACUACAGAUCUUCCAGUUCCAAUCAUAUUAGAAAUAUAGUAUUCUUUUUUAUUUAAGAGUCCAUUAGGUCAAAUAAGAGAAAUAUUCAUUUUUUAGAUGUUAAGGCAACUAUAUAUCUAUUUUUGCAACGUUUACAGAUCUGGAAUGAUUUAAUAGGUUUAGAACAAAGACAAUAGAAUGAGGAAAGAUGACAAUAUUUUUUUUUUUUGGGAAUUACAAUUUAUAAAGUGUUAAGAGUGAUUUUUGCACACAAUCGACAUCACAACGAAUUUAAUGGAUUGAUUGUUAUUCACAGGCACGUGUUUAGAGUGAAACUCACACACAUAUAGGUAGAACAUAAUUUUAAGAAAUUUGUCUUCUGAAUGAUGGCAAAUACUGCUCAUCUCAGGCUGGCUUAUUCUAGCAUCAUUAUCAUAGACAUAGAGUAAAAUUAAUUGAACACAAAAUUAACACAAUCAAAUGAUUUGGUGAAAUUUUCAAAUUCAAACACCUUCAUUAAAACACAUGUGAUAAUCAUGACAAAUAAAUGUUAAUCUCAUUUAACUUCAUUAAUGUGAAUGUUGACAUUCAAAAUAUGUUCUAAUUAGAAUCGAAACAAUCGAAUUAUCUAAGCACUUUGAAUGAAAUGUUUAAAUGAAUUUUGAAUGUUUACAUCUCGAAAAUUUUAUAAAUUAUUUUGUAUUUCACCAAUUUCAAAGAGAGUCGAAUGGUUUUUAUCGCAGCAACUAUUUACAAUACUCGAAUUAUCUUUAUUUAUAAAUAACAUGUAAACAUUUCGAUGGGCCGCGCACAAUACUGAAAAACGUGGAUUUUGCUUGGUUGGCCUCGUAUUUGUAAAUUUAAGAAUCUCAGAUAAAAGCAUGGAAUAUAUUUAUUGUGUGAGUCUUGAAAUGCAAAUAAAAAAAAUCAGUGCAAUGUUUG